AUGUCAUCCUCUGCUACAGCCGAAUCCUCGGGUCUUCCACCCGAGGCACAAGCUGAGAAGCCAAACCAGAGCCAUGCGCAUGAGCCAGAGCAAGCGCCAGAAACAGCCGAAGCACAGGAGACGGAAUCCCCCAUCGAAGCGCAAGGCUCCCCGUCCCCUUCGGAUUCCCAUUCCGAGGGCGAGUACUCCGGAUCCGACGCCGACGAGCAGCGCGACCCGAAUCCUACCAACAAGGCAACACAGCCACCACUCCCGAACGAACCUCUCUCCGACCACAACAACGCCGGGCCUCCACUCCCCAACGAGCCUCUUCCCUCUGAUCCCACUGCGCCACCCCUCCCUGCGGAACCGAUACCCGAGCCCGAAGACGACGGAUGGGAGUUUCACUGGAACCCCAACGACCAGUCCUACUGGUUCUACAGCCGCUUCACCGGCGCAUGGCAAAAGGAGAACCCACGGGUACCAGCCGCGGGCACACCUACCGCGGCCCCAACCACAACCCCAACCGCCCCCGUCCCAGCACCACCACCCACCGACAGCACCACAGCCCUCAGCAACCCGACCUCGGUCGCGGGCGGCUACAACCCCGCCAUACACGGCAACUACGAUGAGAACGCGUGGUACGCGCAGAACCUCCACGGCGGCGGCGCCGAUCCAGCCGGCACCACCACCGCCACCACCGCGACCGGCGUGGCGGCCGGCGACGAGUACGCCUCGGCGGGCUUCUUCAACCGGCACACGGGCCAGUGGCAGACGCCGGAGCAGGGGGCGGAGCGGCACUCGGACGAGGCCAAGAGCCGGCGGCAGAUGCGCGCCUUUUUUGAUGUCGACGCCGCCGCCAACAUGCAUGAUGGUCGUAGUCUUAAGGCUGAGCGCUCGGGGAUCAAGCCAAGCCGGUCGGAGCUGAAAGCGUUUAAGGAGAAGAGAAGGGCGAAGAAGGAGGAGAAGAGGAGGGCGUGGUUGAGGGAUUAA